AUGGGUCUUGAUAUUCAAACAGAAAUCGAUAAAAUUGUAAUUGAAAAGGUUAAACCAGAAGUUGAAUACUAUGACGUUAUGGGUGGGUCACAUAGAUGGGAAGUCAAAGUGCACGACCAUGGUAAAGUUGCAUUAGUCGAUACUAUGCCAAGAUUAGCACCAGUUGGUCAAACCGCCGAUUUCUCAAUUUGUCAAGCAGCAAGAGUGUCAUAUGGUGCCGGUACUAAAAAAGUCACUGAAGAUAAAGGUUUAAUUCGUUAUCUUUAUAGACAUCAACAUACUUCACCAUUUGAAAUGGUAGAAUUUAAAUUUCAUUGUGUAAUGCCAGUAUUUAUCGCACGUCAAUGGAUUAGACAUAGAACAGCAAAUGUCAAUGAAUAUAGUGCACGUUAUUCAGUAUUACCAGAUAAAUUUUAUCAUCCAUCAAUUGAGGAAGUUAGAAAGCAAUCAACAUCAAAUAGACAAGGUGGUGAAGAAGCAUUGGAGCCAAAAACCGCCCAAGAGUUUUUAGACUAUUUAGAUAAAGUUGAAGAAAACUAUAAAACCUAUAAUGAACUCUUAGAGAAAGGUUUAUCACGUGAAUUGGGUCGUAUUGGGUUACCAGUUAGUAUCUACACUGAAUGGUAUUGGAAGAUCGAUUUACAUAAUCUUUUCCAUUUCUUAAGACUUCGUAUGGAUAGUCAUUCUCAAAAAGAGAUUAGAGAUUAUGCAAAUACAAUAUUUGCUCUCAUUCGUCCAAUUGUACCAGUUGCUUGUGAAGCAUUUAUAGAUUAUGCUUUUGAAAGUUUAAAACUUACACGUUUAGAAAUUGAAGCAAUUCGUACUGGUAGUCCACUCAAUACUACAAAUAAAAGAGAAAUAGAAGAAUUUGAAGAAAAGAAGAAAUUAUUAUUCCCAAAUACUCAAGCCUAA